CAGUCAAAUAACAUAGUCUUUCAGUCUAAUAACAUAGUCUUUCAGUCUAAUAAUAUAGUCUUUCAGUCAAAUAACACAGUCUUUCAGUCAAAUAACAUAGUCUUUCAGUCUAAUAACAUAGUCUUUCAGUCAAAUAACACAGUCUUUCAGUCAAAUAACAUAGUCUUUCAGUCAAAUAACAUAGUCUUUCAGUCAAAUAACAUAGUCUUUCAGUCAAAUAACAUAGUCUUUCAGUCUAAUAACAUAGUCUUUCAGUCAAAUAACAUAGUCUUUCAGUCAAAUAACAUAGUCUUUCAGUCAAAUAACAUAGUCUUUCAGUCAAAUAACAUAGUCUUUCAGUCAAAUAACAUAGUCUUUCAGUCAAAUAACAUAGUCUUUCAGUCUAAUAACAUAGUCUUUCAGUCAAAUAACAUAGUCUUUCAGUCAAAUAACAUAGUCUUUAAAUAA